CGCCCCCGAGGCCCUACUGGCGUGGCCUCUGCCGCGGGUCCCGCCCCCCAGCCGUCCGGAACAGCGCGCUCGCGGCGGGAGGUCGUGAAGCCUGAGGCCGUGUUUGCCGCCCAUGGCCGCCGCGCUGCUCGCCCGGGCCUCUGGCCCUGUCCGCAGAGCUCUCUGUCCUAGGGCCUGGCGGCAGUUACACACCAUCUACCAGUCUGUGGAACUGCCUGAGACACACCAGAUGUUGCUCCAGACAUGCCGGGACUUUGCAGAGAAGGAGUUGUUUCCCAUUGCAGCCCAGGUGGAUAAGGAACAGCUCUUCCCAGCCGCUCAGGUGAAGAAGAUGGGCGGGCUCGGGCUUCUGGCCAUGGACGUGCCCGAGGAGCUUGGCGGUGCCGGCCUUGAUUACCUGGCCUACGCCAUCGCCAUGGAGGAGAUCAGCCGCGGCUGCGCCUCCACUGGAGUCAUCAUGAGUGUCAACAAUUCUCUCUACCUGGGGCCCAUCUUGAAGUUUGGCUCCAAGGAGCAGAAGCAGAAGUGGGUCACGCCUUUCACCAGUGGUGAUAAAAUUGGCUGCUUUGCCCUCAGCGAACCAGAGCCUUCUCUCCUUGGCCCGACUGGGCCUAUUUUUGCUCUAGGGCAAGUGGGCUGUCCCUGUCCCUCCCCAGCUGCCACUGAAGUCUUCACCUUCCCCAGAAGCUGGCAGAGGGUGUCAGGGCUUGAGCUUCCGAGGGAGGGCAUCAGUGCCUUCCUGGUCCCCAUGCCAACGCCUGGGCUCACGUUGGGGAAGAAGGAAGACAAGCUGGGCAUCCGGGGCUCAUCCACGGCCAACCUCAUCUUUGAGGACUGUCGCAUCCCCAAGGACAGCAUCCUGGGGGAGCCGGGGAUGGGCUUCAAGAUAGCCAUGCAAACCCUGGACAUGGGCCGCAUCGGCAUCGCCUCCCAGGCCCUGGGCAUUGCCCAGACCGCCCUCGAUUGUGCUGCGAACUAUGCUGAGAAUCGCAUGGCCUUCGGGGCGCCCCUCACCAAGCUCCAGGUCAUCCAGUUCAAGUUGGCAGACAUGGCCCUGGCCCUGGAGAGUGCCCGGCUGCUGACCUGGCGCGCUGCCAUGCUGAAGGAUAACAAGAAGCCUUUCAUCAAGGAGGCAGCCAUGGCCAAGCUGGCCGCCUCGGAGGCUGCGACCGCCAUCAGCCACCAGGCCAUCCAGAUCCUGGGCGGCAUGGGCUAUGUGACAGAGAUGCCAGCAGAACGGCACUACCGCGAUGCCCGUAUCACUGAGAUCUACGAGGGCACCAGCGAAAUCCAGCGGCUGGUGAUUGCCGGGCACCUGCUCAGGAGCUACCGGAGCUGAGCCCGUGGCGGGCUGCCCGAGGACUGCGGGAAGGGGUGGGAGCCGGGGCCUCCACCCUGACCCCGGCUCAGAGACUGGGCGGCCCGGCGGGGGCUCCCUGGGGCCCCGGCCCCCUGGACUGGCCGGACGGGCUCAGUGCUGCCACCCGGAUCAGACCGCAAGGGAGUGAGGCCCUCCGACCACUGGCAGCUCCGCCUCUGGGCCUUUCUGCCUCCUCACCACUGUGCCUCAUGUUCCUCACCUGAGUGGCCCUGGCCUCCUGGGGGCAGGGUUGUGGGGGGAGCUGAGUGACACUCAGGGACACCUCAGUUGUGCUCCUGGGGGCCCUGGUGCCCCGGCAUGAAGACCCAGUGGGACAGGCCCUUGGUGGGGUCUGGCUUUUCCUUGAGGUCAGAGGUCAGGAGCAGGGCUGGGGUCAGAAUGACGAGGCCCAGGGUCCUGGCGUUGGGCAGGCGGUGGGGCUGGGCCACGGAGGCCCCUCAGCCCUUCGUAAAGUCUGCUGAAGGCAGGGGUGGUGAUUCAUGUCAUGUGACUGACCGUGGGUAAUAAACACACCUGUCCCCCA